AUGGUCUCCCCGCAGAUGCCCCAGCUCCUCUCCCCGACGGUGAUCCUGGCGCUCUUUUUCCUUCCCCAGACACGGCCGGCCGGCGUCUUCGAGCUGCAGAUCCACUCUUUCGGGCCAGGACCAGGCCCGGGCGCCCCGCGGUCCCCCUGCAAGGCCGGGGACACCUGCCGCCUCUUCUUCAGGGUCUGCCUGAAGCCAGGGAUCUCCGAGGAGACCGCCGAGUCUCCGUGCACCCUGGGCGCGGCGCUGAGUGCGCGCGGACCGGUCUACACUGCGCAGCCCGGAGCGCCAGCGCCUGACUUGCCGCUGCCGGACGGCCUCAUGCGCGUGCCCUUCCGGGACGCCUGGCCGGGCACCUUCUCUCUCAUCAUUGAAACCUGGAGAGAGGAGUUAGGAGAACAGAUUGGAGGGCCCGCUUGGAGCCUGCUGGCGCGCGUGGCGGGCCGGCGUCGCCUGGCGGCCGGGGGCCCGUGGGCCCGGGACGUGCAGCGCGCAGGCGCCUGGGAGCUGCGCUUCUCCUACCGCGCGCGCUGCGAGCCGCCGGCGGUUGGGGCCGCGUGCGCGCGCCUCUGCCGCUCGCGCGGCGCCCCCUCGCGGUGUGGCCCGGAACUGCGCCCCUGCCCGCAGAUAGAGGACAAAUGCGAGGCACCGCCGGCAUGUCGAGCAGGCUGCAGCCCAGAGCACGGCUUCUGUGAGCAGCCCGAUGAAUGUCGAUGCCUGGAGGGCUGGACUGGGCCCCUCUGCACAAUCCCUGUCUCCACCAGCAGCUGCCUCAGCCCCAGGGGCCCAUCCUCUGCCACCACUGGAUGCCUCGUACCCGGGCCUGGGCCCUGUGAUGGGAAUCCGUGUGCCAACGGAGGCAGCUGUAGUGAGACCCCAGGGUCCUUCGAAUGCACCUGUCCCCGUGGGUUCUACGGGUUGCGGUGUGAGGUGAGCGGGGUGACAUGUGCGGAUGGACCUUGCUUCAACGGCGGCUUGUGUGUGGGAGGUGCGGACCCCGACUCUGCCUACAUCUGCCGUUGCCCGCCCGGUUUCCAAGGCUCCAAUUGUGAGAAGAGGGUGGACCGGUGCAGCCUGCAGCCGUGCCGGAAUGGCGGGCUCUGCCUGGAUCUGGGCCACGCCCUGCGCUGCCGCUGCCGCUCCGGCUUCGCGGGGCCGCGCUGCGAGCACGACCUGGAUGACUGCGCCAACCGCGCCUGCGCCAACGGCGGCACCUGCCUGGAGGGCGGCGGCGCGCGCCGUUGCUCCUGCGCGCUGGGCUUCGGCGGCCGCGACUGCCGCGAGCGCGCCGACCCCUGCGCUGCGCGCCCCUGCGCCCACGGCGGGCGUUGCUACGCGCACUUCUCCGGCCUUGUCUGCGCCUGCGCGCCCGGCUACAUGGGCGCGCGGUGCGAGUUCCCGGUUCACCCUGACGGCGCAGGCGCGUUGCCUGUGGCCCCGCCGGGUCUGAGGCCGGGGGACCCGCAGCGCUUCCUUUUGCCACCGGCUUUGGGACUGCUGGUGGCCGCGGGCUUGGCCGGCUCUGCGCUCUUGCUGGUCCACGUGCGACGCCGUGGCCCUGGCCGGGAUACUGGGUCUCGCUUGCUGGCGGGAACCCCGGAGCCAUCGGUCCACGCGCUCCCUGAUGCACUCAACAACAUGAGGACGCGGGAAGGUGCCGGGAAUGGCCCGAGCUCGUCCUCAGAUUGGAAUCGCCCUGAAGAUGGAGACGCUCGUUCGGUUUACGUCAUAUCUGCUCCUUGUAUCUAUGCUCGGGAGGCCUGAGCUGCCCCUUCUCCAUCAGCACCUGGGGACAGAACCUGGAUAUUUUUGUAUUCUCUGCUUCAGACACUUUGGAGUUCAAGCUGGAAGGGGUGAUGGGGAGGAUUUUACCAUUGGAAGUUGUACAUAAUGGUUAUUUAUAUCCUAUCUCUUUUUCUCUCCCCAUCUCUCCAGAGACAUCUAUAAAGGCUCUUAGUUUGAUCAGCUUUGACUCAUCAAGUUGAGUGCUUUGUAUGUGGUUUUGGGGCUGAGGGGAGAGAUUUUGUCUCCUGAGAAGAAUAAUAGGACUCUACUGCAGGGGUCAGAAACAACUCAAAGUAGUUU